ACUUUUCGGCAUAGGCUGAGAUAAUGAAAUCAAAUUUGUAAGGCAAGAAUGACCGGACGAGAAGAAAGAUGGCAUGUCAUCCUCAUUGGUAGUACAUCCAAGGUUGCGAUCAAUUGCAAAUUCGACAGAGCCGCGACGUCGUGCUCUGGUUCCAUUUGCAAGUAUAGGUGUACUAGCAUAUCGAUCACUUUCAUCUGAUGUUGCUCCUGGUCGUGGAAAAGUUGAAACAAUUGAUAACCUUUUGAGUAAUUUCUCCUACCAGGCAGAUUUUUUCUGUAGGAAAACGGGAGACGAACGUUUCAUCUCACUUUGUUCACCAGGUUUUCUUUCUUCUAGAACAUCAAAGGAGGGUUUUCGUUCUGGUGGUUCUAAUCUCCUUUCUCCUCAACUUUUUGUUCUACUUCGACGCUGUGGCUCUUGCAAACGAGAUCAAUCUGCUUAUUCGAGAAGGAGAAGGACUAGAGUAGAUUGUGAAAGGUUCAGGUUGUUGUCAGCGCACCAACCUCCAGCAUCUACUUCUUUGAAGACAUCAACAACACUUAUUCGUGCGUAUUCCUUCUCGACCACGCAUCUGCAAAUUCGAACGAUCAUGGGCAGUACUGAACCAACCGACGACGUGGAGCAGCCUUCGUCUUUGAACGCGACAAAGUUUCAGCCAGCCAAGCGUGCUGAGGGAGAAUCUGCAAAGAUGGGAGCGCUAGAGUGCAAGCAGAAUGAGGAUCCGGAGUACACAACGCCGUGUCCUGUUGCGAGCACUGCUCGAGCACCACAGACAAAAUCUAGUAAUUCCUCACCAAGCAACAGGAGUAUGGCAAUACCCACCUGCAUGACCUGCGGUCCAGUCAUAAAAAACGACAACUUCAAAUGGCAUGUUCCAGAUAUCUAUCACAAAAUUGUGGAAGCCAAUCCGGAGGCGUUUCAUCCAGGCUACUGCGGAUUGAAGGUAUUGCCGCGUGUAAUUAGUACUAGUUCUUCUGAUACUAUUUUAUUUUUAAUUGUUCAGUUCCAGUUCCUCAAGAUCAUAAGUAGAACUUUUGAACUUGUUAGUACUACAGCAAUCUUUUUGAUGCUUGUACUGGGGAUAUCAUGUUGUUAGCCUUGUGAUUUACCUUAUGUUUCAUUUGUACUGAUGUACAUCUACAUGCUGAACUCUAUUCUAGAACUACAUAAGGAGUGGGCUCAGAUAUGCAGCUUGUGUACUUCUUGAACUACAGAUGACGAAUUCGCUGACGGAUUCCGUGGAGCCUUUUAUCCCUGACGAUGGACGAGCAGUGAACUGGUAUGUGUGCGGUCCUACCGUUUACGACCAUGCGCACUUGGGACAUGCGCGCGCUUACUUGACGUUUGAUAUCCUUCGCCGCAUUAUGGAGGACUACUUCGGCUACGAGGUUUUUUAUCAGCUGAACAUUACGGACAUCGACGACAAGAUCAUUCUUCGCGCGAGAAAAAACAAGCUCUUCUAUAGCUACAUGAAGGCUCACCAGGAGGCUGAGUUUACCAAGCCUCCAGGAACAUCAACUUCUUCAUCCUCUUCAACAUCUGCCGCGAUGCCUUCAAGCAGGUCGUUUGUGGAGGACAUGCAGUGGCUCAUCUCGCGCAAGGACGAAGCGUACUUUGGAAAGAAGAAGGAGAAGUUGAUCGAGGAGAUCCAGAAAGCCAUCGAGGAGGCGCAGCGGAAAGGCUGGAAGCCGCCGUCAGAGGAAGAAAAGACGGAGAAACUCGAGAAAUUCGCUCUGAAGAAGGCUCUCUUUGAACGUGAAGCAAAGCAGGCGAGCGACUUGCUCGCACAGAAGAAGUUUGAGGCAGCAGCGGAGGUCAUGGCAGACGAGCUGAAAGACUGGCUAGACGAAACGGUAGGGAGCGACGUCACUGACAACAUGGUCUUCCAAGACCACGCCAGAAAAUUCGAGUCCUCCUUCUGGGAUGACAUGUUGGCCCUCAACGUGCGACCGCCGGAUGCGAUCACGCGAGUCACAGAAUACGUGCCACAGGUAUUUUGACUAAAAACUCUUCGACGUCCAGGGCCACCUCCUACUAGUACUUAAAAUAGAAACAUCACGGACAAGGAUGAGGAUCACCAACGCCAUGCCUUGAACCAACUACAAGCUGAUGCUGAAUAUAGAAAUAGUGUUGGCUAUUGUGGAAGUCGAAAUCCGAAAAUGAAAGCCUUCUCCUGCGAGCGCGACUAAAAAGUAUUGAAACUUCAACUUUCUUGACACAACAUAUUUGAUCUACUUCAGAUUGUCACUUUUAUCGAGAGCAUUAUCGCUUCUGGUGGUGCGUAUGAAAGCAACGGGUCUGUCUAUUUCGACACGCGGCAUUUCGAGAGCAGGGAUCAUGACUACCCCAAGCUAGGCCCCAAAGGCAAGGGAAAAGUGGACGACGACGCUAUGCAAGAAGGGGAAGGCGCCCUUGGUGUAAAGCUCGACGGUGAAAAGAAAGAUAAUCGCGACUUCGCAUUGUGGAAGAAAUCAAAAGCUGGUGAACCGCGCUGGAACUCACCUUGGGGAUUGGGAAGGCCAGGGUGGCAUAUUGAAUGCUCCGUCAUGGUAAGAGAAUUGGAAAUGAACUUUGAUUUUCUAAUAACUGAAUCUGAUUAUGAUCACCCCUUCUGCUUAUUUUAAGUGGGGUCGACGAUGACGAAGACAUCAGCAUUUUAACGAGAACAAGAGUAUCUCCUCAUGUCCUCAUUGUCUUGCUGGUCAUCCUCGCACUCACCCUCCUUCCUUCAACAUGAUCCUUUUUAGGCGUCUGACUUGAUGGGGCCCCGUCUGGAUAUUCAUGGUGGUGGACAGGAUUUGAAGUUUCCCCAUCACGCCAACGAGAUGGCACAAAGCGAGUGCUUUCAUGGUACCAAGCAGUGGGUGAACUACUGGACUCACGCGGGAACGCUGAACAUCAACAACCUAAAGAUGAGCAAGUCUCUAAAGAACUUUACGACAAUCAAGGAGGCGCUGGAGACAACAUCGGCCACGCAGAUCCGAAUAGCAUUUCUGCAGCAGCAGUACUUUAUCUAUGCAAGCAAGUGGAUUCUGUCUUUCGGUAGAUUGAACUAAGUAAGUCUAAGUAUCUGGAAGGCAAGAAUUAAAAUAGCGAAUAAACCUGCGCACGCAACCAGAGAGCUGAGCACUCACCGGAGGCGUUGCACAGGGCUCCGGCCUGCCUUUGAAGGUGAGACCUAUGGGGCUGACAGGACGACGAUAGCGCCGGCGCUUAAUUAGUUUCAGCACUUAGCAGGAUACUACGGGGCACUUGUUGAUAGUUGCCUUUUUCUCUUUUCUAUCUUCCUCUGGUCUGUCUUUUUUCUAGUGAGGUCGGCUCCGCCACAAUUAUAGAAGGAUAAUCUAAAAGUAAAACAUAAACUUUCUAUCUCGUUGUAUUUUGAGUAUUGCAACAUUUGAUACGUCGCACGACGUUUGUGGUUAUUUUCCUUGAGAAGUACUUUUAAGGCAGUUUAGUUACAGAUACAGUUGUAGAGACAAGGAAAUAGGCAUACUUAGAUUUUCAUUUUUCAAACAGAACAUAAUCAUGAUCGAAGUAAUUUUUUACCACAGCUGGCACGCGAAGAUGCUCUACAGUCCAGAGCAGUUGAGAAUAGCCAGAGACUUCGACACGCGAGUUCGCAAUUUCACCGGUAUGGUGAAACAAAAAAUUCGAUCAGCAGGCUGCUUUUCAGCGACAGAACAAAUUUGGAAUGACGAAGAGAAGGCUCUCCACAAGAUGGUAAUAAAGACAUUUUAGUUUUUCUAGGCAAAGUGUUGCUUCGUAUGUCAGAAGAUCUUGAAAACAUCACGAUUCUAUUAGCGAGCGACAUUUUUUUUUGACAUUUUGUUCUAAGAAGUUGUGUAGGCAGCUCCUUAUACUUUAUCUUCACGGGGAACAUCAAGGCCUUCGAAACUGCAAACUACAGAUUCAGAGCUCGCAUGCGGAGAUCCACACCGCAUUACUGAAUAAUUUCAAUUAUCCUGCGGUGAUGAACCGACUGCACGAGGUGAUCGGGAAGUGCAAUAGCUACGUCGGUAACUGCGAGAAGGUGGAUGCGCAGAGGCAGCCCCGGGUGCUUAUUUUGCGCAAGGCGGCGUCCCUGGUGACAAAAUUUUUGAGGCUCUUUGGCGUGUUAGAGGGAAACGACGAACUUGGAGCUGCGGAGGGCAGUGGAGAAGGUGGUGCCUCUCGUGAGGAAAUUCUCGCGCCAUUCUUGGACGCAAUUGCAGCAUUCCGAGACGAGAUUAAAGAGGUCGCAAGCGCAAAGGAAACCAAAUCACCAGCAAUUCUCAGCGUGUGCGACAAGCUCAGAGAUAGGACACUCGUGCAACUAGGUACACCUACGUUUACCUAAGCACCCAGACCAAAUAUGAAUGUGCAUGUUGGUCGUCGAUUCAUAUUACACCAUCAAAAUAUCUCGUCGUCUUAUCCAUCCAUCGUAUUUUGUUCCGACCUUUGUGAAACUAACUGAAACAAGUCAAAAACUCCAGUGGAGAAACACUUCUCAUCCUCCACCUGCAUCUCUCCUCUCAUGAUGAUCAACUGAAAUGAGUAAAAGCAUAAACUGUUGUUGGUCUUUCCUCGCAGGUGUUGAGCUCUCCGACGUGAAGGGAAGUGCGCGUAGCGAUUGGAAAUUGUGGACGAGUCCAAAAGAUCUAGCUCGUGAAAAGGCAGGGAAAAAAAUAGGUGAGCUGGAAAAGCAAGUCGGAAGCAUACAAACAGUUAUCAGCGAUAAGCGCGCUGCGCUACAAAGACUGGAAGAGACGGUGAAGUUCGCGACGACUGAAGACUGGCUAGCCGCACAGGAGUUAGAUUUUACAGAAAAGCGGGACGAGGAAGGUCUUCCUGUGGCCAGCAAAGGUACCCACAAAGCAACUACAACUCGUUGUUUCCAACAGAAGAGUUUUUUUCGUUUCUUUGUAAGUGUGACCAAGUACAUCUGACCAUUCUCCUGGUCAAAGCAUGUAUAACUUGUUGCACCAGCAACAGAUGUUUAUGUAUACUCAUUCUCUCUGACCAGGUCUGGUACCCCAAAGAAAACGCGAAAGUACCUAUGUGUUGAUUCCAUUAUUUUUAGGUGUCGGCGGAGGUGAGCCCGAGCCAUUGAAAAAAAGCACAUUGAAGACGCUGAAGAAAAAUGUCAAAGCCUAUUUUGACAAAAGGACGAAAGAACUGAAAAGACUAGGAUGUGCAGAGGAUGGAAGCGUCGCGGAGGCCGUAGCAGCGGAGCGAGAAAAAGUGGAAACAGACAUUGCCAACAAGCUCGAUGAGCAGUCUAAAAAAAAGGCCGAAUUGAAGGAAGCACUUCUUGAACUGCAGCAGUGA